AUGCAGGAGCGUUGGACUGAAGGCGUGUGAGCUCAGCAUCGGACUGUGGGGUUAGUUUGGAUCAUGGAUGUAUGAAGAGAACUGGAUACAACGUCGGAGGCGGGGCCCCGUUCAUUCCUAUGAAAGUUGCUCUGUGGAGCAUUUGGACCAAAUUUCCGCCUCUACCCCUGGUUUUGAUACUUCCGUUCACAACAGCUGUCUGACGGCGUUUCCCUUCAACUCAUGAGCUGCUGAAACCACGAUCCGGACACUAAAAAGUUGUUUGAGGCCCAAAAUGGGCUGCACGAUCAGCGCCGAGGACAGAGCUGCGGUAAACAGGAGUAAAAUGAUCGACAAAAACCUGCGAGAAGACUCCGCCAGAGAAGUGAAACUGCUUUUUAUCGGUAUUGAAGGAUCUGGGAAAAGCACAAUAUUAAAGCAGAUGAAAAUCAUUAAUGAAGGUGGCUACUCAGAGGAGGAGUGCAAACAGUACAAGGUGGUGGUGUACAGCAACACCAUCCAGUCCAUCAUGACCAUCAUCGAGGCAAUGGAACGGUUAAAGAUAGAUUUUGGGGAUGCUGCAAGGGCUGAAGAUGCCCGCCAGCUGUUUGAUGCGGUACCUUCCCGCUUUGCCGGAUUUGGUGUGAAUGUAGCCGAAGGGGUGUUGUUUGCAGAGCUGACCAGCGUGAUCCAGAGGUUGUGGAAUGAUAGUGGAGUUCAGGCUUGCUUCCAUAGGUCGCGAGAGUAUCAGCUCAACGACUCUGCUGCAUAUUACUUGAAUGACUUGGACAGGAUCUGCCAGCCGAACUACGUCCCGACUCAGCAGGACGUGCUGCGUACAUAUGAGAGGACCACUGACAUCGUGGAAACUCGUUUCACCUUCAAAAAUCUCAACUUCAAGAUGUUUGAUAUCGGUUGCCUGCAAAAGACGAGGAAGUGGAUUUGUUGUUUCGACAGACGCUGGCUCACAUCUAUCAUUUUCUGCGUAGCGCUCAGCGACUAUGACAUCGUCUUGUAUGAGGAUAUUCCAGAGAAGUUCCAGAUGCAGGAGAGGCUUUUCGACGGCUUCUGCAACAGGUUGUUCCCACAUACCUCCGUCAUUCUCCUCCUCAACAAAAAGGACUUGUUUGAGGAGAAGAUCAGCAAGAGCCCACUCACAAUCUGCUACCCCGAGUACUCUGGCGGGCACUCAUAUGAAGAGACAGCAGCUUAUAUCCAGCACAAGUUUGAAGACUUAAUUAAACAAAACGACACCAAGAUCUACACCCACUUCACUUGUGCCAUUGACACCGAGAAUGUGCAGUUUGUGUUUGAUGAGGUCACUGACUUCAUCAUUAAGACCAACUUGAGGGAGAUCAGGCUCUACUAAAUCUUUAGGCCCUGCAGGAGUCAGGAGGAGAAUCAAGACUUCUGGGCUGGCAUGUCUUGUCUGCAGAGGGUGAAUUGGAAAGUAGGUGUUAAGGACUGAGCAGGUGGCCAUGCUGCAUGCAGGACUAAUAAAUUUCACAUUUUGGCAACUUGCUACCAUGAUCACUUUUGUUCCAAUAAGUGUUUUUUUCCCCACCUGUAUGUUGCAAAGACCUGUCCCUACUCUGCCUCUGAUUGGCUCUGACCCUGAUAUUCUCACUCUAACCCUAACCACCUCACUCCUCAUGCCUAAAUCUAACCAAUAAAGGAAACAAGUACUAGCCAAUCAGAGGCAGAGUAGGACGAGUCUUCGUGGAAUGCAGGUGGGGAAAAAAAUAAGGCUGUCUUGAUAGAUUUCAUAGUGCAGAUCAUACUAGGAGGAAGUAAUUAGUGAGGGAGUCUUGUGAAAUGAUCACUGUGAGUCCUGUCAUAUUUGCAUUGGUGAAGGGCUGGCAGGUGAAGCCGCUCUCUCUCUCAAAUCCAGCUGACACAUUUAUAAAUUUGUCUGCCACAUGCACAAGGACCAAACGAGACUACCUGUUCACCAAAUCCAUUUCUGCAUUUCACAGUUUAAUAUUAUAGAUAAUGAUAUAUAAUAUAAUAUGCAACACAAUUAAAUAUUAUGCACACUUUUGAAUGGGAUUAUUUAGCAACACAGCUGUCUACAUAGUCAUUUUAAUAUUAACUACACCACCUUGUAUUGAUUGAACAGUAUUUUUAUACUUAAUAGACAUCACUGCAAAUGAGUUUGUGAAGGGAUAAGUGCUUGCUCAUGGGGGAAUUGUUGGGUCUCUGUAAAUUAAAGAGUACGGUCUUGACCUGGUCUAUGU